UACCACUCAAUACGCGGCGGUCGUGAGGAAAGUGCGACGGUUGAGAUUUCACUCGUAUUGAUUUCUUCUUCCUCGAUUUCUCAAUUUCUUCUUGUAUUUCACACCUUCAAAACCUCACUGUCAUCCUCACCCUCACCCUCACACACUCGUCCUACGGGCGUCCCUCCUCCACCAUGGCUCUUCGCUCUCGCCCAACGAGGGUUCUGACUCACCUCUUACCUCGUACCAAAUGCUCCUCUCUUCUCCCAUCAGUUCCAUUCGCCAGGCGACCUUAUGCGGCCACUGCCACUGCUGUCCCAACCUCGUCCUCUAUCCCUGUACAGAAUGCUACCCAGAUCAAACGAGACGCAUCUUUGCCAAACCCUGAUCCUUCAGAAGACUCCCCAACCGCCACCUUCCUCCAUCAAACCACGCCCUAUAUGGUCCCCACCUACGUUCGCCCACCUCCAAUGAUAGUACGAGGUCAAGGCUGUCUCUUGUACGACAACGAGAACCGCGAAUAUCUUGAUUUCACCGCUGGUAUUGCCGUCGUGUCUCUCGGCCAUUCAGAUCCCGGCGUCGCACGGAUCCUCGCACAGCAGUCGCAGCAGCUCAUCCACGCCUCCAAUCUCUAUCACAAUCCCUGGACCCCCACCCUCUCCAAGCUCCUCAUCGAAGAAACCCAGAAGCAGUCGCCUGGUUCUGAACUUAGUCAAGUCUUCGUCUCAAACUCGGGUUCUGAAGCCAAUGAAGCCGCCAUCAAAUUCGCGCGAAAAGUCACCUACGCAAAAGAUGCCCACACAACCCAGCGAGACAUUGUAUCCUUCCACAACUCUUUCCAUGGUCGAACCUAUGGAUCUCUGUCUGCCACUCCGAACAAAAAGUACCAGCCCCCCUUUGGCCCCAUGCUGCCCGGCUUUCGCUAUGGCACCUUCAACGACGUCUCUGCUGUUCAGAGUUUGAUCGAUCAGAACACUGCGGGCGUCAUCGUCGAACCCAUUCAAGGCGAAGGUGGCGUCAACGUGGCCAGCACUGAAUUCCUGCGCGCACUUCGACAAAGGUGUGAUGAAGUCGGCGCCAUUCUCAUCUUUGAUGAGAUCCAGUGCGGUCUAUCACGCUCCGGCCAACUCUGGGCCCAUACUGCCUCGGGUGUCCAUCCUGAUAUUCUGACCACGGCCAAAGCCCUUGGAAAUGGCGUUCCAAUCGGUGCAACCUUGGUCUCGGGCCGCACCGUCACUCCCUUUAUCAAAACUGGUGACCACGGUACCACCUUUGGUGGCAAUCCUCUCGCUUCUCGCGUCGCCCAUCACGUUUUUCAGCGUCUGGCUGACCCGACCAUACAAGAUCAAGUCAAAGCCAAGUCAUCCUUGUUCUUUGAUGCAUUCAAAUUUAUGAAGCACGCCUUUCCCACCGUCCUGUCAGAAGUCCGUGGCCGAGGACUUAUCAUUGGUUAUCAAUUAACCGACUCGGCCAAACCCAAAGCAACUGAAGUCAUUACUGCGGCAAGAGAGCGAGGCUUGCUCAUAAUCACUGCUGGCGACGGCGUCCUAAGAAUCGUACCACCCCUGACUAUCACCGCAGAUGAGAUUAAAAAGGGCCUAGAUAUCUUGCAACAGGCACUCGAGGUUGUCUUUGGCCAGUCCGCCAGCCUUCCCCCCACCCCAGGUCAACAGGAGAUGGCUGGCCGAUGAGACCCAACACCCACCCCGGUCCCUAUCUAACCUCCCCCUCGGGAAUUUUCAUACCGUGCUGCCCUCUGUAGCUGGGGCAUGCGGGCUGCUCCCACCUUCCACCCAGCACUCCAUCCUCGUCCUCGAGCUGGAAAACCUCCACCUUGAGCGGCCGGCAACAUUUGAUCAUCUCUUUCUCGUUGUCGCUACCAAAGCCCCAUUGUGACAGGUCCCCCCCAGGACAAGUUGACAACGCCAACAAUAAGUCCUGCUCCGCGAAAAACUCGAUGAAGUCUCCUGCCCGCGCCGGCGAAGGGUUCAUGAAAUACCUGCCUUGAUCAUCGAGCCCCGUGACCUGAAACAGAUUGAUCACGUCAUGUACGUCGGACUCAUUGAGGCCAAAGGGCAACACCGCCCGCGUCAGGUUGGAAUGACAGUGGUAGUCAUACGACGCCCCGGCGCCAGACAGAAGGGUAUUGAUAUAAGGGUCACAUCGUGUCCCCAACAAGUCGUGGCACCGACCACCCGUCUCGUCCACGCCAUACCAAGAUAGAGAAUCACCAAUGAUAGUCACCAGUGGCCGCAUAUAAGGCAGAUUGGACCAAAGCCGGGCUCCCGUCGUCACGUGAGAAGAAUGAAGUUGUUUCGUACGUGAUGCCCAGAAUCUCUCGCGAGCGUUGUGGGCGUUCCAAAUGUUCAAGUCUCCUGUACGACGUCAGAAUGUACAGCUCGGGUGGAAAAUCAACCAGCUUCACUGCAUACCAACCUGGGGCCCCUCUGGAGUGCUGAUACGGAUGAUACUCUUCGCCGGCGCCUGCCAAGCACGCCCCGACCGGAUUGGAAGCGUAAAGGAAUCGAUCAGCUGCCUUGGGCUCGCUUGUAUAGACUUAUACAAUUCUUCGUUGGCCUUGAGCGGAGAACCAGCAGUCGCCAGAUAGGCUGGGUAGGGUGGCGGCAAUGGUUUCCGGGCACGAAGCCUCUCUGCGUCGCUUUGUCGGCCUGUCAUGCCUCAGCUACUUCUCGAGAUUUGUGCAGAGGUGCGCCGACAAUCCUUUGGUAUCUUUUUACAAAAAUCAGCCAACCCAACGUAUUGAAGGAAUAGGUCAAGAUUAGAGAACCAAGCAAGCCUUUUCAUUAAUGUCGCAUUGAAAAGGUCCCAAAACCGCUCCCACGCUUGGGACUUAGCGGGCCGCACAUCUCCACCCACGGAAACUCUCGCCACUCGUUGCCAUGUACAGUACUUAGGUAUGGAACUUACGAGUACUCCGUAGGUUAUCAAGACUACCCGACUUUGCCCCUUUGCUUGAACAAGAUAGAAGUCAACAGACCCCAAAACCUUCACAAACUCAACGACUGGCGUUUGAUUGGAACGAUGUAAUCCCAUUCUGUCGAGUGGGCACUCUGGCCAUGGGCGUGCUGUGCAGGUCUAGUAAGGUUCGUGGAAAAAUAGAGGAGAUUGAGUCUGAGCAAGCGAAUUUCAAAACAGGUUGAUGAAUAUCAGAAUGCUCACGCUCCUGACUCGCUAUUGCCGUACGAAACAAGCUCAAUCAAGUAUCCAUCAGGAUCCUGCACAAAAGGAAUCUGUUGGACCAUAUCCCAUAACCCAAUGUUGCGACCUUGUUUGGGAUCCUCGGCGCCGAGAGCGGCGACGAUAACCUCUUGAUUUAUUCGAGAUCCCAUGUCCUUGACGACUUUUAGGCCUUGGGAUCUGAGAUAUUCCAUGGCCUUAUCCAUGUCAGGAACUGUAAAACAUAACUUGAUGAAUCCAAUCCCUGGGUUUGCCUGGGCAUUGGUGAUGAGACCAUGUGAAUCCUGGACGGAGAUUACUGGUUGAUUAGCCGUUUUCUUAAUACCCUUGAAGGUUACAGCGAUUUUUGCCAUGUUGAUCACAUCAGCCAAAGCAUACCUAACUUACUUUGUUCUGAACAAGUUCCAAGAGGCCCUCCCUAGCAAACAUGGCUGGAUCGCCUUCGGCUGGAUAAGCAAGGAGUGCAAUGUUGACCGUCUCAAAGUCCAUCCGCGCGAGUUCCUUCAUACCCAGUAUCUUGGUAUAAAAUGCAAGUGAUGCUUCCAUGCUCGAGACGCGAAGGCCGAUUUGGUUGAAUUUCCAGCCAUGGGUUGCUGCCAGGCUGGGCGACAUGAUUACAAGAAGUGGUGCUUGAGUGGUGGGCACAGGUCUAAUGGUCAACUAUGAAUUGAUUACUUCAAGCCAGAAUAUGGACGGAUGCUUGCUACCUAUACACGACACACCCAAAGGGACCGACUCUGGAGUCAAUCCACCGAUGGGCCGGUGGAAAGGUGUUUCCCCCGUCCUUACCCCCGAUCACCGCAGCGUCUCCACUUCAAUCGCAUACCGAGCGUGACCGAGGUAACACAUAUUCUUAGUCAAGGUUCACCACUUCUUGAUGACUGGUGGUCAAAUCUUUCGGAGAAUGACGACAAAGUUCUUACAAACGACAGGUGGGUUAAUGUUCCACCACGUGAGGGUCUCACGAGCGGAAUUCCCUCCUUACAUGAUUUCCAGAUUAUGGCAUCAUGGUCUACGUACGUGCGCCCUUUCUUUGUACCAGGUCACCAUGACAUGCGUAAUGUACUAGCGAUGCGAGGUCUCUACUGGGCCAGAUAUCCACCAUCGACAACGACGCCAGAGCCAGUCACCCACCCAGCCCCUUCGCCGGCCAAGAAAACGGCGACUCGUGCAAUGUCUGCUGGCUUGCCCGUCCUGCCCCAAGGAUGCAGCGUAUUCAGCGCUUGGUGUACGUUCUCCGUGCCCAUCUUUGCGUACAUGCCCUCAAGCAAAUGGGUGUCAGUGAAACCUGGCUGAAUGGCAUUGAUAUGGAUGCCGUCACGUGCAUACUCCAGCGCCGUGGCACGUGUGAGCUGCAGAACCGCCCCCUUGGAGGUGCAGUAAGAGGAAGCACCCGGGUAACCAGCGCUUGAAAAGAUCGAGGCCAAGUUUAUAACCCAACCGCGAUCUGGCAGUGAUGGGUUAAGAGGCUUCUGGGAGAGAAACUGGGUAACAGCGUGUUUAGUGCCAAGCCAGACGCCGCGGACGUUAAUGGCGAGGCUUCUAUCGAGCACUUUCACGUCGGUCUCAUGGAUGCGCUGAGGGACGCCAUUGAACCCUUCUCGGCUUGUUUCCGCGGAGAUGCCUGUGGGUGAUAAGAGUGGUUAGCAUCGACACGAAGAAGGAAUACAUGUCGGCACAUGGGGCGUGGCGAGGUGUCGUAUCCUCCUCUGCUUGAGUAACAGAGACCAUUGGCACGCAGCAGAUCUCCAAUCGGCCCAGCAGGAGCAAAUUUAGCAGUGAUCUUGCCACCCCGUCAAGAUUUGGCUGAAUCCCUAAGGGCAUGGGAUAGAUUGUCUUGGCUCCGCUCAGGACAAAACGACGGGAAUUUCGAGAAUGGCAUUGGCAUAGAGCUGGAAGCCAGGCAACUCACCGGCAUUGUUGACCAUGAUAUCCAAUCUGCCAAAGGUGUCGACGGUGAAAGCUAUAGCGUUCUUGACACUACUCUCGUCCGUAACAUCGCACUUGACAUAAGCUGCUCGCUUGCCUCGUCCCUGGGUGUUUCCUUUCGGAUCUGACGAAGCUGGCCACCUGUUAUUGACGAGCUCAACCGUCGGGGUCUUAUGGUCAAGCUCUGUCUGGGUAGCUUCGACGGUUGGUGCAGAGGCUGGAACCGGGGUGAGAUCGGCGGAAACAACGUAGGCACCGGCAGCAGCGUACGCCAAAGCAAUAGCACGGCCAAGGCCUGUGCUAGCGCCUGUGAUCAAUGCGACCUUGUUUUCAAGAGAUGCAAUGUUGCCGAUCGGGGAAUCGGAUGCGGGAAAGACGGGGACAUUGGCGGAUUGUUGGGCCGUCAUUGUUGGGUAGAUUAUACUGGUGUCAACAAAGGUGGAAACCGAGGUCUUUGAGAUUCGAAUCGAGAAGUGCUGGUCUGUAGCACCCGUGUACGUUAGACUCCUGGAUAGAGUUGAAACUGGUGGUGGGAUCACAUGGUUAUAUAUACCCAAGGUUUAUUUUGGGCGUCCAGCUACAGAUCAUGCCGAGGAUCAAUAACAAGACUGUCGCCU